AUGCAAAACCGCAGGCCAGGUAGUGACCGUCGCCAUGGAGCAGGUGAUGACCGAGUUGGUGUGCACGUGCGGCCGCCUGCACAGAUCCCUCGCCAGGAUUUGAUCGCGACGCUGAUCUUCGGGGUUAUGCAGCUCCUCUUCAUAUGGGUGUGGUGGAUCCUCUUCCUCCUGCCGAUCUCCGUGGUGAUGGGGAUCCUCCUGAGGAUAUUCGUGAUGCUGGUGAUCUUCCUGGUGCUGGUGACCUUUCCUCUUCCGUUCGUCGUGGCGCUGAGGAUCUUCACGACGAUCUUCGUGGUGCUGGGGAUCUUCCUGCUGAUCAAUGGAGUGCCGGGGGCGUUCCUCGUACUGAUCUUCGAGGUGAUGGGGCUCCGCCUGAUGAUCUCGGUGAUCGUCUUCCCCCUGCCGAUCUUCGUGGUGGUGGGGAUCCUCAUGGGGACCUUCGCGUUGCUAGUGGUUUUCGUGAAGCUGGUGAUCUUCCCUCUUCUGAUCUUCGUGGCGCUAGUGAUCUUCCUGACGAUCUUCGUGGAGCUGGGGAUCUUCUUGCUGAUCCAGGUGGUGCUGGGUCCGAUUUUUCUCCGGACCUUCGAGGUGUCGGGGCUCUUCCUGAUGAUCUCGGUGGGGCUGGGGAUCUUCGGGUUGCUGGCGGGCGCCGCGUCGAGCUUUGUGGAGCGCGUGCUCUUACUCUUGCCGAUAUUCGUGCUGCCGGGGAUCUUUCUGACGGUCUACGUGGUGCUGGGUUUGUUUUCGCGGGGCAGGUGUUUUUCGGCCUGA